CACGAUUCGGUUCCCCCCAUCCUUCACCCCAUCUGCAGAUCGUGCUCGCGCCUUCGCUCCUCUCCGACUCCUUGAUUUUCUCAAGCCUCGGUCCGGUGCGGCGCGGUCUGUGACACCGCGGUCUGUGCACCCCCAGUUCUGGGCCCUCCGUGCGAAUGCAGAGGUAGCGGAGCGAUGUGGUUCGCAUUCCUUGGCCUGGCCUUCCUUGCCGGUGUGGCAGGGCACCAGGUGCGGGCGCCCGAGACACGGCCCGCCAAGGUGGAGGUGCUGGUGAACGGCAGCCGCCCCGAAGAGCUCUUGGAGUCGAGGAUCCGCUUGGGACCUUUGGUUCAGAACGAGAGCAAGUUGGACGCCUUUGGCUACGCCAAGCAUCCGAAGAAUGCGUUGGAUUGGCAAGACCUUCGACGCAUCGUGAAGGGCCGCAAGUGCUCCAACGAGAAGGCCGACGAGCAGUGCGGCGACCUGGUGUGUCGGAAGGGCCUUUGCAGCUUCUGCACGGAGGACUCGGAGUGUCCAUCGCUCCACCAGUGCGUCGGCUCCAGGAGCGAGGGAUGGCGCUGCCGCGCCAUGGAGCGUAAGGCAUGGGAGUCCGCCUGGUUUGAUAGAAGUGAGAAGUUCUGCACCUUCCUCAUCCUCGUGUCCUCUGCCUUGGCAGCGGCCUCCGGGACAGGCGGCGGCAGUAUCUUCGUGCCGGUGCUCAUCUCUUUCUCCUAUUUGCAGGAGUCUGCGGUGGUGGCCCUCUCGCAGUUCAUGAUCCUCGUGGGCUCCAUUGUGAACCUGUCGGUGCUGAUUGCGCGUAGGCAUCCAGACUUCCCGGAGCUGCCAGUCAUCGACUAUGAUUGCAUCGUCGUGCUGAUCCCCAUGCUUUGCUUGGGCGUGACCUUAGGCGUUCUGGUGAAUCGAUCUGCACCUUCCUGGCUGCUGCUGUUGCUCCUCUGCUCCACCUUGUGUCUCGCACUAUGGCGUACGGGAACAAAAGGCCUGAAGCAAUUGAAGAAGGAGCAGGAGCAGCUGGACCAUCGUCCAGAGGAAGAGGUGCCGGAAGCCGAACCCGAGGCGGUGAUGAGCUACCCGGAGGUCUUGAGGGAGUUGGUCGAGGCGAAGUCAGAGCAGAUUGCGGGCAUCGGCAUGGUUUGGCUGCUGAUGCUGGUGGCAAGUUUGCAUGGUCUCCCCUAUUGCAGCGCCAAGUAUUUGGCCUUCGUGAUUUUGCUGGCCACCUUGCUCAGCACCUUUGCGAUGGUCAUGACCUGGCGGUUUCAAGCCACCUCCUAUUUGAACCCCAUCGACUGGCUCAACGGAGGGGGCGAGGACCGGCACCCCAUGCUUUUUCCCAUGGUGGCCUUCGGUACCGGCUUUCUUGGAGCGAUGCUAGGCUUGGGCGGGGGCAUCCUGCUGAGCCCUGUCCUCAUCGAGGUGGGUAUGCACAGCGAAGCAGUGCAGGCCACCGUUGCGAGCUUCGUCUUCCUGUCCAGCUCUUUAGCCACCAUCCAAUACUUCAUGAUGGGUCAGAUCGUGUGGCACUACGCCGUGUGGUACGGUCUGGUGGCGGUGCUCGCCACCUUUCUGGGGCAGACUGCGUGUGAGGUCUUCAUCCGUAAGCGCCGGCGCUAUUCCUUCAUCACGCUCUCGGUCUCCUCGGUGCUCUUCCUGUCGUUGGUGUGCCUUUGCGUGGUGGGCACCAAGACGGUGAUGCACGACUACGACAUGGGCAAACCGCUGACCUUCACUUUCACUCGCCUUUGCGAAAGUGGCCGCGGCUCGAUCAUCCGGCCCAACAUCGCCAUGGGCCACGAUAUCGCGAUGCUUCAUGCCGGAGCCCAUCAGUGAGAGGGCAAAGUCCUUUCCGAAACGAAUCAAAUGAGAAAAGCCAACUGAGGACUCAGGAGGUGGGCGGUGUGGAU